AUGUUUCUGCUACUCCUGCUGCUGCCAGCGGCGAAAGCCUGUACAUUGAUCGCAGUUGGGCGCAACGCCACACUUGAUGGCUCAACACUGGUGGCACACACCGACGACGCGGGAUUCGGUACAGCUGACUUGCGGAUGGUUCGCGUACCAGCCCAGGAUCAUGAGGAGAGUGCGAUGAGGCACGUGUACAAUUUGCAGCCAGGGUACCCACGCCUGUUGACGUUACAGCGAGGUAACAAUUACAAACCAAAAAACGACCGCGAGCACCUAAUGACACCACUGGGAGAGAUCCCACAAGUACCACAUACGUACGGCUACUUCGACCAAGACUACGGCUUCAUGAAUGAGGUACAACUUAGCAUCGGAGAGAGCACAAGUGGAGCCAAGACAGUAGGCUGGCCUACAAAUGCUGGUCCUCACGGAUACAAUAUGUUUGGUAUAGGAGAACUAUCCAAAGUGGCCUUAGAGCGUUGUGAUUCGGCUCGGUGUGCUAUCCAGUUGAUGGGGGACCUAGCCGUUAAGUACGGAUUCUACAGUGAAGAUAGCGGUGAUCCAGCUAAUCCAGCAUAUGCAUGCUCGUCUGAGACACUGGGAAUAGCAGAUCGAUACGGAGAAGUCUGGAUCUUCCAUGUGUUGACGGGUCCACAGAACGCUAGUGCUGUAUGGGCUGCCCAACGGAUUCUUGAUACGCAUGUAGUAGUGGUCGCUAAUGGCUUUGUGAUACGUGAAAUGAAUCUAGAUGAUUCAGACUACUUUAUGGCGUCAAAGAAUGUGCAUUCCUUUGCUCGAGAAAUGAAAUGGUGGGACCCGAAACAAGGAAAGUUUGAUUUUACUGCUGCGUACGCUAUUGCGACGCCAGAUCCUGUGCGUGCAUUGUACAUGGGUCGUCGCAUGUGGCGUGUUUUCGACCUCGUGGCGCCGUCGUUGCAGCUAGACUCCCGUCUGGGACACUACUCCGAAUUCCCGACGUAUCCAUUCUCGGUCAAACCGGACCAAAAACUUGAUGUGGAGGCUGUGACGAACUUGCUUCGUGAUUACUAUCAAAAUACACCUUACGAUUUGACUAAGGGUCUUGCGGCAGGACCAUUUGGAAAUCCUAUGCGGUGGGGAGGCGAUGAAAAGGGUGUCGUAGGAGGUUGGGAAAGACCAAUAUCCAUGUAUCGCACAGUCUUUAGUUUCGUGCUGCAGGCGCGGGCUCACUUACCCGAUGCUGUUGGAGGUGUAGCCUGGUAUGGACAAAGCUCGCCGCAUGCCUCGGUAUAUGUGCCGUUCUCCUGCGCGCAGCAAGAGGUUCCACCAUCCUAUGUUUUAGGGAAGGAGAGCGAGUUUAAUCAUGAAUCCGCUUGGUGGGCUUUUAACUUUGUUAAUAAUUGGAGUAUGUUACGCUUUGAUGCUAUCAGCAAGGAUAUCCGAGCUCGUAUAGCUGAUUUGCAAGCAACUUGCUUUUCUAGGCGCAAAUCGAUGGAGGCCUACAUUCACCAAACGGAAUUGAUGUCAGCGUCGGAUGUACGCGCUUAUCUGCAGGAAGAAUCGAACCAAUUGGCUUCGCGGGUCAUUAGCGAAUGGUGGGCCUUUGCGUGGAAGCUUGUUGGCAAAUUUACAGAUGGCUAUAUUACGACGGGUGAAGCUCCUGACGAAAUGGAAAUGCCUGGGUACCCAGAAUGGUGGCUCAAGCGCAGCGAAUUUUCCUCGUGGCCGGGUGAGACGUUGGUACCGCCACACAAUUCGGAGCUGGAAAAGCAGCUUCAGCAAUUUCAGAGUCGGCAGAUUGCCAGUACGGAUGGUAAAGUACAGUUAUCACCAGGUGACGCUAAAGCGUUUCCUUCAAACUUUUUUUGGAUCGCACAGCUUUGCGUAAGUACACUUGUUGGAGCCACGAUGGGUGCGUUCGCCAUGUGGUUUGUUGCUCGACGCCGGAGGCAAACUGAGUAUCAGGCAAUUUCUUAA